GCGGCAUGCCAUGGGGAGGGCGGGGGGGGAUCUGCGGGUUAGCGCUCAGCCCGUCAAUCACGGGUGGGAAUUUCCAGGGGAGGCGGCGCUGACUCACACUUCCUCCGCCUCCGCCGCGAGCCGGCCAGCGCGCGGGGCGCUGCGAUGUCCGAGCCGCAGUCGCGGUAGGGCGCGCGCUGCCGGCGGACCCGGGCUGCCCGUCUCCCAGGGAUGGCUGGUUGGGAGGUAGAUGAUUAAACUGCAGACAUGGAAGGGAAAGGACCCUACCGCAUCUACGACCCUGGUGGGGGGACACAGGAAGAGGCGGCCGCAGCCUUUGAGCGGCUGGUGGAGGAGAACACCCGGCUGAAGGAGAAGAUGCAGGGGAUAAAGUCUCUAGGAGAACUGCUGGAAGAGUCCCAAAUGGAAGCAUCAAAGCUGCGGCAGAAGGUGGAGGACCUCGUGAAGGACAAUGAGAUGCUGAGGUCGUCUUCCUCUUUUGACAAACUGUCCGAAAUAACAGGAGGUGAACCAGAGCCCCGCCUGUCCCCUGCGGGUCCAGGCAAAGCUGAGAAGGAGCAGGAUACAGAAGCUCAGAAGCCUCCAUCCACUGGAUCCUCGUCGGAGUUCGAAAUUGUAUCUGGUGAGGACAAGAGGUUUUCCCAGGAGAGCAGGAAGUCGGAGGCAGAGCUGCAGAACGAGGACACUAACCUGAUGCUGCACCUGCAGCGGCUGGAGAGCACCCUGAGUGUCUUCGCUGAGGAGCCGGACAAGAACCAGGUCUUGGCUCACCUGGGGCGCAUGGCCCUGGAGUUUAACCGCCUGGCCUCCAAAGUGCACAAGAACGAGCAGAGGACGUCCGUUCUGCAGACGCUGUGUGAGCAACUGCGUAAUGAGAACGAGGACCUGCGGGCAAAGUUGGAGAAGGAUUUGGAGCAGAGGAACCAGGCUACGGAGAAGCUUAGGUGUGAGAACCUGGAGCUGAGGAAGAUGGUGGUGAUGAGCAACAAGGUGGGCGUGAAAGGGGACGGUGUGGAGAGCGCUGGCCAGCAGCAGAGUGGGGCGCUGGCAGAGAAAGCAUCGGGCAAGGGCGUGACAGGGACAAGCGAGAAGAAGGUGAAAAUCCUCGAGCAUCAGCGUAAUGAGCUGCUGGAGGUGAACAAGCAGUGGGAUCAGCACUUCAGGUCCAUGAAGCAGCAGUACGAGCAGAAGAUCACGGAUCUCCGCCAGAAGCUGGCGGACUCCCAGAGGGCGCUGAGUGAGCUGGAGGCAGAGCGGGAGCCGAAGCAGAGGGAUUUUGAUCGCAAGCUUCUCCUGGCGAAAUCCAAGAUUGAGGUGGAGGAGGCAGAAAAGGAGAGGCUGGCUGGGGAGGUGAGGGAUCUGAAGCAAAGAAUCAGGUUCCUGCAGGAGCAGCUGGCACCGGUCACCAAGCAAAGGGAGUACCAGGAGAAGGAGAUCCAGAGGCUAAACAAGGCCCUGGAGGAGGCCCUGAAUGUCCAGGCCCCUGCUCCCACCCCUUCUGCACUCAGUAACGCCACGGAGCCAGGUGGAAGCAUGAGACCACACGAGCUGCUGACCCAGAACGAGCUCCUGAAGCAGCAGGUGAAGAUCUUUGAAGAGGACUUUCAGCGGGAGCGGCGCGACAGGGAGAGAAUGAACGAGGAGAAGGAAGAGUUGAAGCAGCAGCUGGAGAAACUUAAGAAGCAGUUAACAGUCUCCAACAACCAGCUGCGGCUCUUCAAGGACGACUGUCAGAGAGAGAAGGAGGAGAAGGAGAAACUGAAGAAGCUGCUAAAGCAGCACAAGCAGGUUUCUGGAGAGAGGUUGCACCCAGAGCCGGUCCCGGGGCCUCUUGGCCCUGGCUGCCCCAUGUACCAGUUCCAGUAUAGCCCUCCAGUGCCCCACCACGUCUACCAUGGCUAUGAAGACUGGCAUCAAAUCCGGUACCCACCUUCAGCAAUGCCGGGCGACCAUCCACCAGUGCAAAACUUCCACCACUUCCCUCCUCCAGAAUACACCUGGCGCCCACCUUGUGCUGUGUCAAGGACCCAGAACUCCCAAGCAGUGGAGGGAGUGAAACCGCUGUCCAAGGAAGCCGAACCUGCAGGGCUUGGGUUACCAAAAAACCAAAGGCCGGUUUAGCUGUGGGCUAAUGUCAGAAGAAGAGUGGGGCGGGGAGUGUGCACGCCUGUGUGUAUAUAGAGCCUGCCUCCUGCCUCCUUAUCCCUGUUCACACACUCUGUAUGUAACAGCAGAGCCUUGACGGGCUGGAAUGCCUCCCUCGGGAGCUGCUGAAGAGCGAACGCCCCCUGCCCUGAGGAGCAGGUAGCGCGGGCGCUUCCCUGGAAUCCCAGCUGGGAGCCCGGCCUACAGGGGUUGUGCAAAUGGCCAUGCGUGGUUAUCUUGUUCCUAGUCACGUCGCUUUGGUUUUAAUUUGAUUCCCAGCCUUCCUUCCUUCUUCUUCUUCAGCUAAGAGGGGAGCUUGCGUUCUGCAGCAGCCUCCCAUUCCCUACGUUUCAACAGUCUUCAGUGGAGGAUUUUCCUGCAGCCUGGUUUUGUAUUGUAACAUGUUUGCUGGCUGACCCUAGAGACUUUUCCCGUCGAAUAGUGUCGGUGGGAGAACCACCCCUAUACAAUCCCAUGACAAGCAGAGCUCUGUACAGGGAGGUCUGGUACCCUGGAUAGAUGGGUGGGGGAGAGGGUUUAAUUGUGUGUGUUCUUUUCAUAGUUAAAAAGAAGCCAAGCUGAAGCUAAACUGAAUCCAUUGGUUCAUAUCAUUUACCUGUGAACACUCUCUAGGACUAAAGUGAGCGCUCUGGCUUGAAUGGCUUUUAAAGUGUCCCGAGUCCAGGGGCCAAAUGUAAAUGUGUCUCGACUCUCCAUUGAAACUCUGGAAUGUAGAGCUUGCAUCAUGUAGAUACUGCCCAGGCCUCUGUACAUACAUAUACAUACACACUCGCUGUCUAGAUAAGAUGUGGCAACCCUCAUUCUCUUAUUAGAUUGACCUCACAGUCCAGUCUCUGAGUUAUCGGGGAGCCACAGGCCUAUGGUGUGCAAUAACCCUGCCUUUAUUGCUCCCAGGGAGCAGGCUGUGAACUUUGCCCCUCUUCUCCCACAUCCCCAAAGCAGAGCUGAUGAGCCGCCUUUCAGUAAUGAGCUAAUAUUUUAGGGCCUGAUUCAGCAAGGUACUUUAAACACAUGUCUAACAUCAGACGCACUUUGAAGUCCGUGGGACCUCUCACCUGCUCAAAGGCAAACGUGUGCUUAACUACCUCACUGAACUGGGGACCCGAGGGAGAGGAGGAAAACCUGAUGGAAGUAGCAAACAAUAGACAUGAGUUCGUUUGUGGGCCCAGGCAGACCUGUUCUUCUCCGUCCUGUUUUAUCCCACUGCAACAUGCCCCUGGGCUUGCCCUGCUCCGCAGACUCCCCGGGGUAGCUGUUGCAAGCCCUGAUUGCAGGCAAAGUGCUGGGGUAUGCUGAACCAGAGGCUUUGAGUACUUGCUGUUUAGUACCAGCAGUGGCUUUGAAGGAGAGAUAGGUCUUCAAAAAAAAUAACAAUGAAACAAGGUCUGAGGACAGGAAAGGAAUGGCCAGGGUUCUGAUCCCUCGGGUGCUGGGGAGUUCCCCUGUGGUCUCCCUGAAGAGGCUAACGUGUCUGUUCUUAUGCGUGCGUAUUGUGUGUGCAGUGUACUGUGGUCUGUAAUUAAUGUGCUGUAUGUUAAUGUUGACAUGCAAAUGGUAAUGUGUACUUUGGGGGGCUCUUGCCCCUCCUUUCUUGUGGACGUCACUUCCCCCGGUUCCUCCAAUUCCCUGUUAGCUGCAUGGGCUAGUUCUGGGGAACAGUGGGGCAGAUCUCUGCCGUUCUCUGUACUGUUGAACAAUAACCUGAAAGGAAGGGAAAGGGAGAAGAGGAACUUUUCACCCCCAUCUGCCCUACAGAGAAAACACCCAGCUCAUUGCCCCUCACCCUUUCCUCCCCUACUCCACCUGCUUGGGUUUACUUUCUGGGAUGUGAGUGGACUCUGGUCCCCUCCAGAUGCUGACCAUCCCUGGAAAGGGACUAACCCCAUCAGAGGGAGGUGCUGUGAGUCAUCGUAACCCUGGACAUUCGUAGGACACAGGCAGGUAAAUUCAGGAAGUGAGCAGUAUGAUGGAGCACCCCCAGCUCCCUAAAUCACUCACGCUUCAUCAGUCCAAAGCAGGGGUGAAGGCCGGACUCCUAUUCUAAGUAGUUUGGGUUUUGUAUUGUUUGUGCAGAAAUAUGCUUGUCCAUACUGGUAGAUAUUUUAAUAUAACAGCUGUCUGCGUGUACACACCCUCCCCAUGAUCUCUAUUUAAAUCUGCUACGUUGACCAGAGGGUGUGAACUUAAACCCCAGGGGAGCUUGCAGUACGGGAGGCCAGCUGAUAGCUCUGUCUGUUCGCUGACUCUGCACUGCACAUAUUGCAGUCCAUGGGGUGCACUCGCCCACCAGCCGUUCACUGGACUGUUGUCUGUGAUAACAUGGCACCUGUGUCCCCAAGAACCCGUACCUGGCCAUCACUGGCAUGUGACUUGAGGGUUUCAGACUGUCAAUCUAACAGCACUGUAUUUAGUGAGCUGGCCUCUGUUUGUCUGGUUCAUGUCAGCAGCCCCAUGGGCUUUGCAGGCACUGUUCACACGCACAAAGCAAGCAGGAUUUGGCCAUGGGUUUUUGAAGACAAGGCUACCAGUGUAACCCAGGCUAAUAGAAGCAGUUCCUUGUCCGCUUCUAGUGGCUAGUCCAUAUGUAGAGAUUUGAGUCUGCUUCUGCCUCUGAACUAAUGGACCUGCUCUUCUGGCUCAAAAUCUGUCCUGCCUGCCCAAGACCAGAGGGAGAAUAACAAAACCCCAGCUCUAGAGGCUGGCUGUACUAUUCCUGUGAAUACGGCUCUAUAGCUUACAGUGAGUGAAGCCUGUAACUAACGUGCGUGUGUGAAACGCUCCAUGAUUUGAUCUACCCUGACUUCAGUCACUUAGCUCUGUGGGUCCCCUCAGGUCCUGCUGGCUUCCUGUGACUGUCCAGUUCUGCACCUACCACCCCGUGUCUGGUUUUUUUCCGUGUGGCUCCUAAACAACGCAGCCUCUUGUUCCUUUGUUCUGGUUGCUCCCUGUCCCUUCAGUUCCCUGUUCACAUGGGUUAAAUCCCGUUCCGUACAGCUCUGUAUCUAGGCCUGGGUCCAUGUAAAUCUUGGCUGGUUUCCUGUAUGCGAAAAGCCAACCUUGCUCCCGAUGAAAACCAGUCUGAAGAGUGAUGUCCCCAUAGGGGUCUGCCCAGUUUGUAUGACUAGCUUGGACACUGGGAUCCAACAUUAAAGCUCUAGCUCUGGGCUUCUUUUCUAGCUGCUGGCACUGUGUUUACGACACACGGUGAACCAUGCUAUUAUUGCAGCUGAAAAGGGGUGAGGGGGCUAGUUUUUCUCACCCCAAGCCCCAUGGGUUUCCCACAUGGAGAAGACCAUUUCCGUAUAUUUGGGAUGUUUCACCAUCCAUUUUGCCCAGACAUGCUAACCUUUUAAACUGAUACAAAUCCAGCCACUCAGCCUAGGUUUUGAAAUGCACCCUGUAUAGCCAAUAUCCUGGAAAACAAUAAUAUUCCCCCAGGGGCAAACAUAUACCCCAGAGACGCGUGUACAGAUCUAUGACACAGGUUGGUUGGUUGGUUUCUGUGCAGAAAAAUUAUGAUGAAUUGUAACAAUAACUAUUCCUUUGCAAUACUCCUUAAUAAACUAUCUGGAGAUUUUCCACCCCA